AUGUUUAGUUCUUCAAAUCUUUUUCCUUCAUCUAUCCAUGGUUUUCCUAGUUCUUCUAGCAUGUUUUCUAGUGAAGAAAAAGAUGGUGUUUAUUUUAGUCAAAAUAACCCAAUUUUUGUAUCUGGAGAAUGUUCUACUUUUGAUCAUGUUAGUACUACUCCACCCAUUAAACAAACAGAAGAAAAAUCCUCUGAAAAUCAUCUAAAGCUUUCAGAUUCUUUAAUUUCGCCGUCUCGAAAGAGAGUUUCGGCUUCGAAGAAAGAUCGUCAUAGUAAGAUCUUUACGGCUCAAGGGCCGCGAGAUCGGAGGGUGAGAUUGUCAAUUGACAUUUCAAAAAAGUUUUUUGGUCUUCAAGAUUUGUUAGGUUUUGAUAAAGCAAGUAAAACCCUCGAUUGGCUUUUUACAAAAUCCAAAACUGCUAUCAAAGAUUUGGUUGAAGAAAUGAAACAUACGUCAUCUUCGACUCUUUCGAAUCAAUGUGAAGAAGUUUUUAUGGAAAAAGGAAAUCAUCAUAUUGAGAAAAAAGGUAAAAAAAAGAAGCUUGUUGGUAAAAGUAGUGUUAAUAAUAUAAAUGGGAGUAUUUUAAAAAAGAAGAAAAAAACAGUGGUACAAAAACAGAAACCUGGAUUUCAUGUCAAUCUUGUGGCUAGAAGCCAGUUAAGGGCAGAGGCAAGGGCAAGAGCUAGAGAAAGAACAAUUGAAAAGUCGCGGUUUAAAAAGCUUAAUAUCGACGACAAGAAUGUUCUUGGUAUCGAUCGUAGUAGCUACUUCUAUCCGCUUCAAUCACAAAGCAAUAAUCAUGAGGAAGGCAAAAUCGGGGAAUUGUUUGCCGAACAAAAGCUUCCAAAGCCAUACUCUUUGCUUUAUAACUCAAGGAACAAUUAUGUGGGCUCAAAAGAUUCAAGCUCCAAAAUUUUCAGGAGUACUUAAUUGAUCCAUGGAUCUAGCUAUCCUCAAGAGUAUUAGAUGUUUUGAUGGGCAGGACUAAUUAUCCAUACAAGAUAUAUACAAUGCUAUUGAUCCGACUGCAGCCAGAUCCGUUGAAAAGUUCGCUAUUGAUGAUGCGCAAUGCGCUACAAGGAUGUAAGUCCAUAAUUGUUGUUAAAUUGGUCAUAAAUUUAUCGAUAAAAUUAUGAUUUUUAUGCCUUUUAGUGAAUGUAAUGGUUCAUGAAAUCGAUAUAUACUUUACAUAUAUAAAGCGCUUUUGAUAA